GGGCGGCUCUGCCUUCCCGCUGCCCCCGCCGCGCCCGCGGAGCGCACCGAGGGACCCGCACCGGCUCCCCGUUUGGGGACAGGGACGGGGACACGGUCACCCCCGAGGGGCUGCAGGGCCACCUCCGGGCAGGCGACACCCCGCCCCAGCGGCAGGGAGCCUCGUCCGCAAGGUACCACCCUCAGCUCUGCUGGGGAGGAGGAAAAGCGGCGGCUCCGGCGGGUGAGGAGCUGGGCAAGGCCGGUACCGCCAGUAGCCGGCGGGGAGGGAGGGAAGGAAGGAAAGAGGGAGCGAAGUGCUCGGGGUUCUUUUUCCUCUUUAAUCCCUUCCCUGCUUGAGUCAGAGGCUGAAGUCACCGGCAGGAACAUCGCAAAGCUGUUUCCCCACCUCGGGGAAUCUUGUCUGCCCCUAAAAGGAUGUGCUGACCCCCGUGAGUGGCACUUUGGGGGAGCAGGAACUCAUCACACAGCGAUGCUGCCGAGGAAAGCAGAGAAGAGAAUUGCUUCGUCCAUCUUCAUCACCCUCGUGCCACCACGGAGGGACGUGGCCGCCAAGGAGAAAACCCAGCGGGAGCCACGGCCAGAUGGUGCUGAGGUCCCCGGCACCCAUCACCCCCAGCUCCUGCUGUCAGCCCCCACGCUGCCCAACGGAGAAACCCACCCAGUGGCCUCUGUGCCUUCACCCCCACCAGUGCUCCCCCUCUCUGAAGUGCCCCAGCCCUUGUCUGAGGAGACGCUGGGUCUGGCACUGCAACAACUGGACCUUGCAGCACCCGCUGCCCUCCAGGCCCCUUCCACCUUCCCUGCUGAACUGAAGCCGCCCACAUUUCAUCAGGAGCAAGCAGGCAAGCAGCAGUGGCAGGAUGUGAAUGGGUACCCAGAGAGGGACAGCUCCAGAGACAUCUGUGCCUUCUGCCACAAAGCGCUGGGGCCCCGGGAGCCGACAGUGGAGGCAAUGCAGAAGCAGUACCACCCCGACUGCUUCACCUGCCGCUCGUGCCACCGGCUCCUGGCUGGGCAGCGCUACUUCCAGAGAGACGGGCGCCCCACGUGUGGCACCUGCUUCCAGGCCACGCUGGAGAAAUGUGCCAAGUGCCAGGAGCUGAUCACGGAGCACAUCGUGCGUGCCCUGGGCAAGGGCUUCCACCCCAGCUGCUUCUCCUGCGCUGCCUGCGGCCGGGCCAUGGGCGCCGAGAGCUUUGCCGUGGAUGAGCAGGGUGACGUGUACUGCGUGCCUGACUUCUACAGGAAAUACGCCGCAGUGUGCAGCGCCUGCGAGCGCCCCAUCGUCCCCCAUGAGGGCCAGGACACCUACAAGAUCGAGUGCCUGGGACGCAGCUUCCACGAGAGCUGCUACUGCUGCGAGAGCUGCAGGAUGCCCCUGUCGCCAGAGAUGACAGAGAAUGGGUGCUACCCCUUGGAUGACCACCUCCUCUGCAAGUCCUGCCACGUCCGCUGGCGCAACGAGUCGUCCUGCUGAGACCCUGCAGCUCAUCAACCUCUGCCAGUGCCAGGCACCACAAAGGGGGUGCCCCCAGUGGGAUGUGCCCCAUGGCCGACCCUGCCUGUUUGGAGCACCCCCUAAUUACUGCAGAACUGGUUUUCAUCUCCAAAAUUACCCUGACCUGGGGGGGUGGAUAAUUGUGAAUUUAUUGUGGAUAUGUGCCAGCACUCAUGAUGAAUAUAAAAUGCCCUGACAGAGCAGUGACGAGGAGUAGAGGUUUUGUUCCUU